CUCUCUCUCUCGUGCGCGCGCGCGUGUCUUAAUUAAUUGGACUUCUCUUCUUCUUCUUUUCCUCUUCUUAUUCCUAUGUCUCAUGCCUUCAUGCUCAUGCCUCGGCUCAGUUUGUAUCAUGAAUAAACUAUCUAUCUAACUUACCAACCUAACUAACUAACCGACCCAACUUAACUGCCAAAGUUAAUCAAAUUAUGUUAUGGUAUGUUAUGCUACGUGAAGUUAAGUUAUUUAUUGAUUGCGAAGCGCUUUAUGUGACCUCUGAUCUGAUGUCUCAUGCUGGUGUGUUGCUGGUGUGUUGCUGUUGCUGGUGCCGCUAUAAAAUUCCCUCCCGGUUGCGUUUUAGCUUCCUUCUUUCUUCCUUUCUACUGUGUCCCUCUCUCUCUCUGUGUGUGUGUGUGUUAGCUUCAUAUCUCUCUGGAGGUAGACAGACAGCUCGGUUCUACUAUGCUGUUCAGCUCUAUUACUGGCUGGCAGUCCCCAGUCCCAGUCCCAGUCCCCGUCCCCGUCCCAGUGCUAAUCCAGUCCCUACCUACCUACCUACCUAGUCCACACUCUCCCCUCCCCUCACCUCUCCAGGCACCCAUUUUCUUUUUUCUUUUUGCCUUGCGCCUCGGUGUCGGUGUCGGUUCGGUGUCUU